AUGGGAAAUUCUUUAAUUGAUCAUAGAGGUAAACUCAAUUUGAUGAAAUCUUUUGAGACUCACAACACUGAAUAAGACAUUGGAGUACGAUAAAAACGGUUAUCAGAUAAUAAAUUAUUUAAGACUAUGCAUUACAAAAUGCAUCAUUAGAAUUUAAUUGUCAAAGUUCAUCUAUUACUUAAAUAAUUGACACAUAAUGAACUUUACAUCCAUUAUUAAAACUUUUAAUAUUUGAUUGAAAAACUUGAGCCUUAUCCAAAUUUAAUGGCAUUUCGUGGAUUAAUCAAUUUUGGUAAAUUAGAAAAACCUUCUCCAUAAGAAAUGCAAAAUGAAUGUAAUAAAGACUAUUUAGCAGUAUCUCGUUAAAUGUUAUAUAUGACACUUGAAGAAAGAUUAUAAUCCAAUUAUAAACUACCAAUUUGUUUGCUGCAUUUCUACACUCUACAAUUAUUGAGUGCUGUUAAAACACUACAUCAACAAAAUUUAUAUCAUGGACAUAUACGAACAUCAAAUAUACUUAUUACUAGUUUAGAUUAUCUAGUAUUGACAGAUUUUGCAUCUUAUAAACCAUACUAUAGUAAUGAAUUUGAAGUCAUUAGGAAUGUUUAUGAAUCAUCUAUUCAAAAAUGUACAUUGGCACCAGAGAAAUAUGCAGAUGCUUUAGAAAUUCAAUAUAUUGCUAAUAUGACUAAAUAAUAGAUAUAUGAUUUAUAGAAGAUGGACAUGUUUUCACUUGGAUGUGUCAUAUAUGAAAUAUAUACUGGUGAAAGUUUAUUUACAUUUAAAUAACUAUUAUCAUAUAAAAGAAAAGAACGAGAACCACUCAUUUAAGUUGAUGGUUUUAUAGGAGAUCUAAUAUGUUAUUUAAUUGAUUUAGAUCCAAAUGAACGUUAUAGUGCUGAAAUGGCAUUUAAUACUUUUUAAACUUCUAUAUGUGCUGAUGAAAUAUUUGAAUUGUUACAAAAGAUAUGUUAUACAAUAAAUUUCAAAGGAGAAUUCAUGUAUCCUGAUAUAAGAAUCUAAUUAUUUAGAUAAAUAUUAUCAUCUACACAAUUUAAAUAGUGGAAUUAUGUUAUGCCAAUCCCUAUUUAAUUUAUUUCUUUAAAUUCAUUUAAUGACAUAGACAUUGUAUCCCAAUAUCCAAAUAGAUUCUCAUAAAUCAAAUUCAAUAUUCCUCAAAGUUGUGAUACUUUGGCAGGAUAGAUUGAAAAUAAUGAAAACUUAAUUAUUAAGAAUAAUAUUCAAAAUUAAGAAGAUAAUUCAAUAAAAGGAAAUCAAAAAUAGAAUAUAAACGAAUUAAUAUGUUGGAAAUCAAAAUCAUUUGAUAGAAAAUUUCUAUUGGAAAGUGUUAAAAUCAAUAAUAAUAAGAGAUAGAAUGAAUAUAUAAUUGUGAUAUUAUGGAUAUUUAAUUAAAUGAGAAAUUGUAGAUUCUUAUAAACAAAAUUAUGUGGUUUAGAAUUAGUAGAAUAUUUACUUGAAUUUAUUGAUGAUUCAUCUAUGUAUAAAUUAAUAAUACCUAAUUUGGGUUUAUUUAGUGAAGAUUAUGAAGGUUAAACUCAAUUUUAUGCAUUCUCUAUUCUAUUAGAUCUAUUGAGAAGAUUCAAUUAUCCACAUAGCAAUAAAACUGAAUCACUCAUUUUCUAAUUGUACAUUUGGGAAUAAAUCAAAACUAGAUUGUAAGAUAUGAAUUAGAAUCCAAUGUUAGCACUUAAAAUUGGAGAUAUAGCAGAAAUCUUACAUUUAUUUAAUAGAAAAGAGGAAAAGAAUCUCUACUUAUAAAUAAUAUAAAAGAAAUUACAAGAUGACAAUUAAGAAUUAUCUAUAUUAUUAAUAUAGAAUAUUAAAAAUGUAUUAAAGUAUUAUGAUUCAUCAUAAACUAUUGAAAUCAUGAAGCUUCUAAUUGCUCAAUUAAAUAAAAUUCAUUUAAAAAUUCCAUUAUUAGAAGUUGGAUUUGAUCUAUUAUAAUACUAUGCCAAAACUGAUAUGAGUAAAACUCUAUUGACUUGUUUAUAAUUGAAUACUAGAAAUGAAAUGGCUCUCUUUCGCACUUUAAGAAUAGUGACUAAAGCUUCAGAAUAAUAAUUAUUGGAAUUAGAUAAAAUCAAAUAAUUUAUCAAAGAAAUAUCUCCUUUGAUUUUACAUCAUAAUAGAUGGGUAAGGGAUGAAGCUUAACAAUUUAUUAUUAUAUAACUAAGAAACUUCAAUAGUCUAGAUAAUUAUUUACAUUUACUACCACAUAUCAAAAAAUAUUUAAAAUAAGAUGUACCUCAUUUGAAUGAAGAGGUGUUUACUUAAUUAAUCUAAAAACCAGCUAGGUAAUCAUUAUUUAUCAAUCAGAAUCAAGAAUUUAAUAAUAAUUCCUAACCUUUAAGUGAAAGAGAACAAUACAAUUAUAAUAAUUACUAUCAUGAAUAUAUUUUGAAAUCUAAAUAAAAUCUAGAGAUCUCAUCAUAAAAAUUAAAUAAUAAUCAAGUCUUACCAUCAACAAGUGUUAAAUAAAGAUUAAAUGAAUUUUAUGAAGCAGCAUAUAAAUUUAAAUUUAUUAAAUAAGAAUCUUAUAAUAGUUUAUAAGAAUUUAUUAAAAAAGACAGAACUUUAGAAGAUUACUCUAAUUUUAGUUAUGAUCAUUGUAAAAUAGAUUUGAAAAAGUUUGAAAACUAUUAAAAUUUCAAUAAGAAAUAUCUAGUAUCAUAAUCUAGUACAUAAUGGAUAAACAAUCUCAAUUUCAAUAUCAUUAUUAAUUCAUUUAUAUAGAAAUCCUAUUAAUUAAAUAAGUCUGAAGAUAAAUUUUAAAGAAGUAUCCAACCUAAAAUAGUAAGACAAUUCAAAUUAAAAAAUCAACUAGUCACCACUAUUCCAGAACAUGAUGAUAUCGUAACUUCAUUAUAAAAACAUUGUGAUCAAAUUAGAUUUAUCUCAGGUUCUCAUGAUGGUACAAUUAGAUUUUAUGAUAUGAAUACAAUAUAGGAAGAUUUUACUAGUGGCAGUAUAAAAUAAAUUACUGUCUUUAAAGACCAAAAGUUAAUUGAUAAAGUAAAUGCUCUAUGUUUUCUUGAAGGCACAGACAGUUUCAUUGUUGGUACAAACUCUGGCUAAGUUAGUUAAUAUAAGAUUGAUUAAAGAGUGACUACAUUCCCUUAAGCAGAUUCAGGAAUAAGGAGAAUAGUAAAUUACGAUAAUGCUUUCUGUUAUGUCACUGAGAAAGGAUCCUUGAUUCUUGAAGAUAUUAGAUCAAGAAGUUAAUAACAUUUAAGUGUAAAUAAAAAAUGUGGUUUAGCUUCUAGUUUAAUUCAUGACAAUUAAAAGACUUUAUUAAGUACUUUAAACGGUUAUUUAAUAUUAUAUGAUAAUAGAUGCAUGAUGUAAAUGAAUAUCUAUCAAUUACUAUCAAAAGAUGAUUAACCUUUGCCUAUUUACAAUUUAUGUGAAAUGAAUAGGAAUUCAUUAUUAGAAGGUAUAAAUCCAAAUAGUGAUAAAUUAAUUGGGAUUGGUUAUCAAUCAUUAAAUAAUGAGGUUGCAUUCUUUGAUCUUAAAAUGAAUAAAAAUACAAUAAAUCCAAUAUUAUUUUUACAUUGUUCCUAGAAUAAGAAUAUUUAAAUGGAAAUGCCAAAACUUAAGUCUGUUCUUAAUGUUGAAUAGAUUCUUAAUAAUGUAAACAAAAUAUCAACUUAUACUUAAUUAAGUGAUUAAACAAUCUAAAAAUUCAAUUUGAAUUUCUCUUCAAUAUUUGUUAAAGAACAAUUACUUUAAAAUAUGUGGAAGAAUUAUUUGGAUGGCUCUUUUUAAGAUACUACCAGUGUUACUUCGUUGUUAUGUUUGAAUAACAGAGGAUAUAACUAGAAAUUAGAGAAUACAAUUAUUACAGCUACUAAGGAUAGAAGUGUUUAAAGUUGGACUUUGAAUAGCGAUAUUAAUAAUUCUGAAUUAGUAAAAUAAUUUCAAUAAUAAAGGAAUUCCAAACUAAUGUGAUUUGUUCGCCCUAUAAUUCAAAUAGGAAAUUCAAACAAUAUAUCAAAGGAGAUGUCUUCAUUAUUGAAGAUCAUGAAAUUAGGAAUGGUCCCAAUACUUCAAAUUUAAUUGAACAUCAAGAUAGUGUAACUGACAUGAUCUAUUUGGAUAAUGAGAAUAGUUAUCUUCUUACUGCUAGUAAGGAUCAUACAAUCAAGAUAUGGAAAUGA